AUGCCCGCUGGGGCUCAGGUUUCAGUCAUAGAGAAACAGCACCUGCAGUACAAAAAGAACUCAUUACCUGUCCCACUAUAUGCAAUUCCGUCGGGGCCUCAUGAGUCUGCCCUGCGCAAAUUCAUUUGUGCUCAAAAUGACCUGCUUCUGAUUUUCGGCGCGCGCCGUGAGCCUCCAAUCGCUUCUGCGCCGGCGAAUACAGAUACAUCGAUUGCUGUCCUUACAUCCGUGGGCUAUGCGCAGCUAAAGGCAGAGGAGUAUCUUGGAGCCAUCCAGCGCCUCAAACCGGACAUAGUCAUAGGUCUGGCAGACCUGCUUAUCGGACCAAAGCCGGGUAUCAAACGGCGAGUGAAGAUGGUCGACCGCACGCACGCUUUUACCACACAUGCGACGGAUAACCUCUACGGACCCGAGCUCUCGGAGCAUAGUCGGUCGAACGCGGCGUAUUUUGCGCCAAUACUUCCGCUUGAAAACACUCAACAGCAGCUAUAUCUCGAAGACCUGGAAACAGAUCUGCGGCCAUCCAUCUCCGGACUGGCACUCUACGAGCCCGCGUCGCUCUCAGCCGUCCCCGAGUCUCUAGGAGACCUCCCUCGUCUGAUUUUCAGCGGACCAGAAACGCCACACGACCUGUUACGUGAGGUCGAACUCGGCGCAGAUCUUUUGACCAUCCCAUUCCUGGCCAAUGCCUCGGACGCAGGAAUGGCCUUCACCUUUGUCUUCCCGGCUCCAUCUGCAGAUACCUCGCCAGAAUCAAAUCCACGGACCGAACCUCUCCCUCUCGCCGGUGAUCUCUGGGCACCAUCAAAUACUACAGAUACCGGCCCCCUAAUCGAAUCAUGCUCCUGCUACGCCUGCCAAAAGCAUCACCGCGCAUACUUGCACCACCUCCUCUCCGCAAAGGAAAUGCUCGCAUGGACCCUUCUACAGAUCCACAACCACCAUACGAUGGACUUCUUCUUCGCCGGUAUACGCCAGAGUAUUGAGCGCGGGACAUUCGAAGAAGAUGUCCGCACCUUUCAGCAAACAUACGCUUCUGAAUUCCCUGAAACGACGGGCCAAGGACCGAGACUCCGCGGCUACAAACUCCCCACCUCAGGGCGCGCCCAACCACGCCGCUACCCACCCGCCUACGGUAGGCUAGACAUCGCCGCGGGAAAAUUCGCAGAGUCUCAGUCUGAUCUUGCGACUCCUGAUACGGGCGCCGAUGGUCUGGAAGAGCAUGGGUUCGCGGAGAAGGUGUAG